AUGGCCAUCGCAUCUAUAUUAUCAACCCUACAAGGCCACAUCCUCGAGUCUCCACUCCAGUCCCUCGGUGUCGCAGCCAUCUUGGUCCCUAUCCUCUAUGUCAUCCUGAACGAGUUCAUCCGCUCCUCAGCCCGUGUCAAGGGUCUCAGUGGACCGACUGGUUUACCGCUGAUCGGAAACUUGGCUCAGAUUCGUGUCAAUGCUGCGGAGCAGUAUCGUAUUUGGUCGAGGAAACAUGGUGCCGUUUAUCAGAUUCAGUUAGGGAAUGUUCCUGUCGUUGUAGUCAACUCGGCUGCUUCGGCUAAGGUUCUUUUCGGUCAGAAUGCGCAGGCUCUUAGUUCCAGACCCGAGUUUUAUACUUUUCAUAAGAUCGUAUCAAACACCGCCGGCACAACAAUCGGAACAUCCCCCUACAGCGACUCUCUAAAACGCCGACGCAAGGGCGCCGCCUCAGCACUCAACCGCCCCUCCGUCGAAUCCUACGUCUCACACUUAGACAUCGAAUCAAAAUCCUUCGUGGAAGAACUCUACCGCUACGGGAAAGCGGGCAAAGCCCCCGUCGACCCAAUGCCAAUGAUCCAACGCCUGAGUCUAAGCCUCGCCCUAACGCUAAACUGGGGCGUACGCAUCGCCUCACAAGAAGAAGACCUAUUCGACGAAAUCACGCACGUCGAGGAAGAAAUUAGUAAAUUCCGCAGCACGACUGGGAAUUUACAGGAUUAUAUCCCCCUCCUGCGAUUGAAUCCGUUUAGUUCUAAUUCGAAGAAGGCGGCGGAAAUGCGGUUGAGGAGGGAUAAGUAUCUGGGUAAUUUGAAUAGGGAUCUUGAUGAGCGGAUGCAGAAGGGCACGCAUGAUCCUUGUAUUCAGGCUAAUGUUAUCCUUGAUAAGGAGGCUAAGUUGAAUAGUGAGGAGCUUACUAGUAUUAGUUUGACGAUGUUGAGUGGGGGUCUUGAUACGGUUACUACACUUGUUGCUUGGAGUAUUGGGUUGAUCUCGACUAGGUCUGAUGUGCAGGAUAAGGCUGCUAAGGCUAUUGAGGAGUUUUAUGGGAAGGGGGAGCCGAUGUGUUCGGCUGAUGAUGAUCAGAAGUGUGCUUAUGUUGCGGCUUUGGUGAGAGAGUGUUUGAGAUACUUUUGUGUCCUCCGACUGGCUCUACCCCGAACCUCGAUUCGGGAUAUUACUUACGAGGGUGUCGUGAUCCCCAAAGGAACGGUCUUUUUCCUCAAUGCCUGGGCCUGCAAUAUGGACCCAGACGUCUGGACAGACCCAGAAGAAUUCCGCCCGGAGCGAUGGCUCGAACAACCAGACGCGCCAAUGUUCACAUACGGCAUGGGCUACCGCAUGUGUGCGGGAUCCCUGCUAGCCAACCGUGAGCUCUACCUCGUCUUCAUGCGGACCCUGAAUAGUUUCCGCAUUGAACCAAAUGAAGAUGCGGAUUGGCACCCUGUUCGGGGCAACUCGGAUCCGACUAGUCUUGUGGCUAUUCCGCAGAGGUAUAAGGUGCGGUUUGUGCCCAAGGAUGCGAAGGCGUUGGGCGAGAUUGUUGCGAAGGCGUGA